ACAUCCGAUAAUGGCAACUUGGUAACAACAUUAUUUUUCAGAAAAAGGAAAGCGCCAAAUGUGCGAGUUUCCAUUGCUUCCCAACAACGUUUUCUUCUUUGUUUUUCUUUGAAUUUCUCAAUCUUUUCUUAUUUCUGGGUAUUACUUUGCUCUUCUUUUUAGGAUUGCAUUUGCAUUUGCAUUUGCUACCACGAAACCCUAGAUUUUGAAUUAUGGGUCUUUGGGAUUCUCUACUCAACUGGCUCCGAAGCUUAUUUUUUAAGCAGGAAAUGGAGCUAUCCCUUGUUGGCCUUCAAAAUGCAGGAAAAACGUCCCUGGUUAACGCAAUUGCUACAGGGGGAUACAGUGAAGACAUGAUUCCAACUGUCGGAUUUAAUAUGCGGAAAGUUACUAAGGGCAACGUGACUAUAAAGCUUUGGGACCUUGGAGGCCAGAGGAGGUUUCGCUCAAUGUGGGAGCGUUAUUGUCGUGGUGUCACUGCAAUUGUGUACGUAGUAGAUGCUGCUGAUAGAGACAGUAUCCCGAUAUCCCAAAGUGAGCUACAUGAACUUCUGGAAAAGCCAUCGUUAACUGGGAUUCCCUUGCUCAUUCUUGGCAACAAAAUUGACAAGUCGGAAGCUCUCACACAGCAAGCGUUAAUGGAUCAGCUAGGCUUACAAUCAAUCACUGAUAGAGAAGUUUGCUGUUACAUGAUCUCAUGCAAGGACUCUGUAAACAUAGACAGCGUCAUCGAUUGGCUUAUCAAGCAUUCAAAAAUCGCCAAAUGAUCCAAAGCCAAAAAAAAAUAAGGCUAGUCAUCGUAUGUUUUAUCUAAUUGGUAUAUGUGGUUCAAAACAAACAGUUCAAUUGGCAUUACGUAAGCGUGACGUAUCAGGAUGCAGGAACUAUGAUCCAUUUUCAUGCCUGUUCAAUCAAUUUGCCAGCUUAUACGUAGCUAAUGUAUGCUAAGCUAUUAUUAUUGGUUUUAAGUGUUAGGCUGUUAUAUAUAUAUUUUUGAAUUUGUAUUAAAUUUGAUUUUCAUGUGCGUCAAUAAAUGCAAUCUUUGACAAUUA